CACCCUCCUCGUUUAUUCCCUCAGUUUUCCUAAUCUUUACCAGGUGGCAGGUAGGCCGGUAAUACAAAAAGAUAACGAACUUGUCUCCCUCCAGGCUCCAGGCUCCACUAAUACAAACACAACAUCAACAUAAUUCAAUUAGGAAAUUAACUCCUUUCUCUCUACACUCCAAUAAUUUUUUAAAGUGACUUAGUGUUGUUAGAACUUCAGAGUUCAGAGGAAAUAAAAGCAAUGGAAAAAAGUUCAAUACAUUUCUUUUUACUUUUAUUGAUCUUUUUACCAGUAUUUGCAACUUGUUCUUCACAAUCAAGGGUUGUCAAAUCUUUACCAGGUUUUUCUGGGAAUCUUCCUUUCAAGCUUCACACUGGAUAUAUUGGAGUGGGGAGGGCGGAGGAGGUGCAGCUGUUUUACUAUUUUAUAGAGUCAGAGCGAGACCCGGAAACCGAUCCAAUUAUGCUUUGGCUCACCGGAGGACCUGGUUGCACAUCCUUGUCUGCAAUUUUUUUUGAACAUAUUGGUCCAUUAUCUUUCAACUAUACAGGAGUAUAUUUCAACCGUACUACGUCAAAUUGGGAGACUAAUCUACCAGCACUUCAAUUAAAUCCCUACUCUUGGACCAAGGUUGUUAAUCUACUAUUUGUAGAGGCACCUGUUGGCACUGGAUUCUCUUAUUCAUCGACUGCUGAAUCUUACUUGACUACUGAUAUAAUAUCAGGGAAACAGAUCUAUGAGUUUCUACGGAAGUGGCUUACUGAGCAUCCUCAAUUUGCAACGAAUCCUCUCUACAUUGGUGGUAGCUCGUAUUGUGGACUUAUUGUCCCUUUCAUCACACAAGAGAUUGUUGAAGGGAAUGAAGAUGAAACUGGAUCACAAAUUAAUAUUAAGGGAUAUAUUCUUGGAAGUCCUCUGACUGAUCCAUAUAACACUUACGCAAAUGGGCAAAUUGAUUUUCUGCAUCGUAUAUCCCUAUUAUCUGAUGAGCUUUAUGAGUCCGCCAAAGUAAGUUGCGCUGCCCCAUACUGGAAUGUUAGCGAUGCAGAGUGCGAAAUGAAUGUUCAAACUGCAUUAGAUUUUAUUAAUACACUUAAUGAAGAUCAUGUGCUGGAGCCUAAAUGCGAUGAUUCGUCUCCAAAUAAUUGGUGUCGGAAAACUGACCAUUUGAUCAUCGACAAUUGGGCCAAUAAUGUUCAGGUUCGAGACGCACUUCAUAUUCGGGAGGGAACGGUAGGUCACUGGACUCGAUGUAACCAAACCGUGAAGUUUCUAUCGUACAACAUCACGAUGAACAACAGCAUUGGUUAUCAUCAAUAUCUGACAAAGAAGCCUAUUAGGGCUCUAAUAUACGGUGGUGACCAAGAGUUGAGUGCUACAUACGUGGGCAUACUGAGAUGUAUUGAGAAGCUAAACGUACCAGUCGUCGAUGAAUGGAGGCCGUGGUUCGUAAAUGAGCAAGUUGCUGGAUAUGUCACAGAGUAUUCAAACGGUCACUACAAUCUGACAUUUACUACUGUCAAGGGAGCAGGACAUUGCCCCUCAGAGUUUAACCCUCGCGAAAGUUUAGCCAUGAUCCAAAAUUGGCUUGCACUUAAUUCUCUUUAGCGCAGUGAGUAACUCUGUGACAUAGACAAGAUUACCACAACCUUCAGAAACAUGCAGGAAGAUUUAUUUUUUGCGUGAUAUAAUGAGUGUUUGAGUGAUAUAGUGAGUUUUUGAAUGAUAUGGUGAGUAUAUAGUGUUCAGAAAUUAUGUAGUUUCUGCAUGAUAUAUAAUAUAUUUUUGAAUGAUGUAGUGAGUUUCUUCAUGAUACAGUGAGAUUUUGAAUGAGAUAAUGAAUUGUUUAGAUA